CAAUCAUGACAAUAAACUAGUCUUCUUUGAUCUAUCAGGACAAAGUGUGAUCUAAAUCAGAAAUCACAGGAUUGGGGGUCAUAAAACAAAGUCAAGUUGUAUAGAAAUACAAGAAUCACAAAGCUGAAAAAAACAAGCUUUCUAAAGCCAUCAACAAUGAAAGAAUCGACAAAGAGGUAUGCGGUUGUUACAGGUUCAAAUCAGGGGAUUGGGUUUGGAACAGUUAGGCAGUUGGCCUCAAGUGGGAUUAUGACUCUGUUAACAGCUUUAGAUGAGAAGCAGGGCCUAGAAGCAGUUGAAGAAUUGAAUGAGUGUGGCUUCUCUGACCUUGUUGUUUAUCAUCAGCUUGAUGUAACAGACCAUGCUAGCGUUGCUUCACUUGCAGAUUUUGUUAAAACCCAAUUUGGGAAACUAGAUAUCUUGGUAUUAAACAAUGCAGGUGUUAGUGGAACCAUUAAAGAUCCUGACGCUUUCAGAAAUGCUGUUGCAGGUGCAGGUAUGGCCAAGGAUGGUGGAGGAAUCAACUGGAGUGAAGUAAUGACCCAAACGUAUGAUCUAGCUGAAGUAUGUGUGAAAACAAACUACUAUGGUGCAAGGGAAGUUACCAGCGCACUGCUUCCUCUUCUCCAACUAUCUGAUUCACCGAGAGUUGUCAAUGUCACUUCUAGCGUUGGGAUAUUAGAGCAUAUACCAAAUGAGUGGGCCAAAGCGGUGUUAAGUGAUGUGGAACAUCUUACAGAAGAGAGAAUAGAGGAGGUCUUAAGUGAGUUUCUAAAGGACUUCAAAGAAGAUAUGCUUGAAAUGAAAGGCUGGCCUCCUGUCCCCUCUGCCUAUACUCUCUCAAAAGCAGCCUUGACUGCAUACACAAGAAUUAUGGCCAAGAAGUACCCCAAUGUAUGCAUCAAUUGUGUUCAUCCUGGAUUUGUUAAUACAGAUUUGACCUGCAAUGCCGGCAUCCUAACAAUCGAUGAAGGUGCUACAAGUGUUGUGAGGUUGGCAAUGGCUCCAAAUGGUAGUCCUUCAGGUCUUUACUUCAAUUUACAAGAAGUUUCACCCUUUUGAGUAACAUCAACAGACCCUUUUUCAGUUUCAUGCAUAUAUGAAUCCUCGAUUAGUUCAUAAGCAAACAGCAUGUACAUCCGGUUCUGAGUUCAACUAGAAGGCUCUUAGCUAGUGCUAAACCUCUAGAUGCUGGAAACUUGUGACCAGACCAUUGUUUCAAUAAGUGUGCUCUUGUGAGAAUUUUUUUUUUCAGUGGCACAGCUACUAGAAUUUGUUGAGAUAUAAAUCUCUCAUUG